AUGCCCGGCUACAAGGAAGCUAGCUACACAACAACAACAACCAUUCAAAAAACAUUUACAAACACCCUUGCCGAACGGCAAGGGUUAUGUGGCAACAACAUGGAGGAUUCCAUGAACAACAUCUCACCUCAAAAACUGCUCAAGGCACCCGCUAGCCGAAUCUGCCCAACAGCCCAGCUCUUGCUAAAACUCACGGUAAUCAGCUCAAGUGGCCAGCCCCUCAAGUCUCUGCAAAACCCACCUGCUGAAUGUGAUCUAGACACCCACAACAGCAAAGUUCAGCGAAUCAAGCCUAGCUCCUAG